AUGGAGAAUGUUGAAGAUGAGAUUGAAGGAAGCUUCAAGCUUGGGCAGACAUUUAGCUCUGCUAAGGAAGCAAGAGAGGCAGUUCAUCUAUAUGGAAUACAGAAUGGAUACAAGCUGAGAUUUGUGAAGAAUGAGAAGACAAGGUUGAGGGUUGUUUGUGUCAAUACAAAGAGUUGUCCGUUUCUAUUCUAUUGUUCCAAGAUUGGGAAUGAUGGAGGUGUGGCUGUGAAGACUCUGAUCUUAGAGCACAAUUGUUACAAGCAAAGAGAAGUGCCAAGUUUGACACAAGCUUUCCUAGCAAACCACUUCAAAAACAGAGUAUACAAGGAUCCCAAAUAUACUGCCAAACAGAUUCAAGAGGAUGUGAAGAUUCAGUUCAAGCUUCAUGUGUCCUUGUUCAAGUGCAAAAGAGCAAGGAAAACGAUUUUGACAGAGCUUAAUGGGAACAUUAUCAAUGAAUUCAAGACGCUUGAAGCUUAUAUUCAGAUAUUGAAGGACACAAAUCCUGGUUCAAAUGUAGAGUUACAGUUGUCAAAAGAAGGAGAGGAGAAGGGUUUGAGAGUGUUUAGGAGGCUCUUUGUAAUGUUAGAUGCAUGCAAGAGGAAUUGGUUGGGUGGUUGUCGGCCAAUUAUUUGCCUUGAUGGAUGCCACCUGAAAAGUAUGGCUGGUGGAGUGUUGCUCACUGCAGUAGGUAAGGAUGCAAAUGAUGGAAUCAUGCCAUUAGCUUGGGCAGUAGUGAGUAAGGAAAACAAGGUAAAUUGGACUUGGUUUAUGAAGCUAAUGAAGAGAGAGUUAGACUUGGGGGAAGGUGAUAGAGUGACUAUUAUUUCGGACAUGCAAAAGGGGCUCAUUAAUGCUGUGGAAACCAUAUUGCCAAGAGCGGAACAUAGAUGGUGUGCUAGACACAUCUAUGCCAAUUGGUCGAAGAAAUGGAGGGGUCCAGAGUUGAAGAAACGAUUCUGGAUUUGUGCUUGGAGCUCGUAUGAAGAGGAGUUCAAGGAAAACCUGGUAAAGGUUGGAGACAUCAAGCAGAAAGCUGCAGAGGAACUUGUGAAGUAUCCUCCCCAAACAUGGUGCAGGGCAUACCAAGAUUUCAGGUCAUCUAGUUAUAUGGUUGACAAUAAUGCUUCUGAAUCAUUUAAUUCGAGCCUGUUAGAAGCUAUGAGCAAACCAAUAAUAAGUAUGCUAGAGGAUAUACGAGUGUUAGUGAUGAAUAGGUUUAGGGAAAGAAAGAGGUCUUCUAAUUCAUGGAAGGGAGACUGGUCCCCUACUGCCAUGAGGGUUUUUCAGGCUGCUAAGGAAGACUCUAUUAGUUGUCAAGUGUUGUGGAAUGGUGAUAACGGUUACGAGGUUGGAGAGGGCUUAGAUAAACACACUGUCCUACUAGAUAGGAGGCUGUGUACAUGUAGGAAUUGGGGUUUAUGCGGCAUACCUUGCCAACAUGCCAUAGCAGCGUCAUAUCACUCUAAGAUAGACCCUGAGACUAUGAUUUCUCAUUGGUAUCACAAAGAAACUUAUGAAAAAAGCUAUGCACACACUGUCCAACCUGUUCCCGGGCCAAAAUUCUACAAGACUGAUGCACAUCUGCCUAUUGAGCCUCCCAUAAUUGAGAAAAAGAUUGGUAGGCCUAAAAAACACAGAGUUAGGGCAACCAAUGAAUCAAGGCAAAAGGCACACAAGCUGUCUAGGAUUGGACAAGUUCAAUUCUGUUCUAUAUGCAAAUCAAGUGACCAUAAGAAGAACCACUGCCCCAAUGCAUCAAGUCAUGCGUUAAGCUCUCAAGCUUCUAAUUCUAAUGCUCCAAACAAAGGAAGGGCUGGAUUGGGUGUGCAUGUCAAUCUUGACACUGGAAAAACAACAAUUAAUCCUGGAAUGCCAUCAGAGAGAGUGGUUUCACUCGGUCAUAUACCAACUCAAGAUAGCUCGGAUCCACAAGUGAGAUAUCCCAUUCCAAAUGAAAGGGGCUGCAAGAGGAAGUACAAGGAAAUAACUUUCACAAAGGCUGGAAAUGAGGAAAGGAUGCCAAGCAAUCUUCCCUUUAAGCCACCUGGUCUCAAGUGGAAAGGCAAGAGCAAUGUCACUACAACAGCUUUGAUGGAUGAAGCUGUGGCUAAGAGAACAAGAUUUGGAAAAGCUAAAUCAUCACAAAGCUCUAUCAUUCAUGAUGCUUAG